ACUUCAGGUAGAUAUUUCAGAGGCUGAAGGUGUGGUGGCAGAACACUUUUCCGGUUCAAUCUGAUAUCCAGAAGAACUUCCUGUUGUUAUCAUGGCGUCUUUAUGGGAUGACUUGGACAGUCUUGUGAAUACCCCUUCCUCGUUCACAGCAACAACUGGAGAGAGAGGAACCAUCAAGCCCAAAGCUAACUUUGAUGCAGGAGACGAUGCUGUGGCUCUGAGGAAGGCCAUUGAAGGACUUGGCACAAAAGACAAAGUUUUGAUUGACAUUUUGACCCAUCGAAGCAGCGCUCAGAGGCAGCUCAUCUGUGAGGCUUACCACGAAGCCACCGACAGAACAUUAGUGGAUGAUGUGAAAGGAGACACCAGCGGUGACUUUGAGGAUGUGCUGGUGGCGCUCAUCACCCCUCCUGCAGCGUUCGACUGCCAUGAAGUGAUGCGGGCCAUGAAAGGAGCUGGGACAGAAGACAGCGUCUUGAUUGAAAUCUUUACCUCCAGAUCCAACCAGCAAAUCAAAGCACUCACUGAUGUCUAUUUGGAAGAAACGGAGAAGAAGCUGACCCUUGACCUGAAGUCGGAAGUUUCCGGAGACUUUGCCGACGCGUUGCUCCUCCUGGCCGAGGGCAAGAGGGAAGACAGCACCGCAGUAGAUACAGAGAAGGCAAAAGAAGACGCCAAGACCCUUUAUGAGGCUGGGGAGAAGAAGUGGGGCACCGAUGAAUCUAAAUUUGUUGACAUCCUCUGCCAGAGAAGUAUACCUCAACUGAGACAAACUCUUGUUGAAUACAAGAACAUCAGUGGAAAGACUCUGCAGCAAAGCAUCGAAGGAGAGAUGUCGGGGGAGCUGGAGGAACUUCUGGUGGCUAUCGUGAAAUGUGCGAAGAGCGUACCGGCCUACUUUGCAGAGCGCCUGUAUGAGAGCAUGAAGGGUGGUGGAACAGACGAGUCGACUUUGAACCGGAUCAUGGUGAGCCGCUCUGAGAUCGAUAUGCUGGACAUCAGAGCCGAGUUCAAGAAACUCUACGAAUACUCUCUGCACUCUGCCAUCGAGUCAGAUCUGUCGGACAACCACGGCGACUGUGUGAAGGCCAUCUGUGGAGGAGACGACUAACUAACCCCGCGGUCUGAACCUGAGGCCAAGAAGAAUCUGCUUCCUCUUGAACUCACGCUGUCGUCCUCUGAUGCUUUACUUUCAUCUUCAACCUACUAACUGAUAACUUGUUUACCGCCUUAGAGCAACAGGCAGCUUUGAAAGACAGACGUCAUGUGAAGUUAUAAUAGGACCGUCUGCAGAUCUUUGAAGAUGGAUUUGAAGAUGGAAGACGUCAACUGACAAAGUUUUAAUAUAAAAUUCUGUUUUGUUUCAGUCUGAUUGCCGAAGGAAAUAUGAAAAGACUCUGCGAAAAAUUUGUGGAGGAGAUGAUGAUUAACAUCGACAUGUUUAGCUCUCGCUACGUCUUCACUUCCAUUUCUGUCGUUUUCUCAUUCUUAUCAACCAGAACAUCUGCACGUCCUUAUACAACAGUAGAGGAAACGACUCCUUAAACACACGUGGACUUUAUUUAUUGGGAAGGGAAAUGUCCAAUCAAAACUUACAAUCAAACAAAGCUUUUAGCGAUUUUCCGUUCAGUUGUUGCUUCAUUCAUGCCUUUUAUUGAUGUUGUUUUUCUUCUGCCUGUUAACUCUCCAAAUAGAAAUGUUACAGCAAACUUAAACCCUGCAGUGCAGCAGUAAUGCAGGAAGUACACAGAUAUAGUUGUGAUAAUGAGUUUAUGCUUGAUGAGAAUCUCCAUAAUAUAAGAUGCUCUUGUAUGUUACUGUUUGUUCAUUGUGUUGUUAAAUCUUUGUAACCGUUUAAAUUGCAUCAGAGGGCUAAAUGUGUUCUUCAGUCUGUUGGCCAAUGGAUUAAAUAAAUAAUUGAUGGAAA